AUGUCACUUUUCCGCGGGGUUCGAGGUUUUCCUCGUAAUUUGCAUAUUCAGAGCCGGAAUCUGAACAAGUAUACCUUCUAUGACCUAGUAUGUGCCACACCGUCGCAUCCUAAACAACCGCUUGAAGCGGCGCUUAUGACCGAAGACGAACUAGACUCCCUCAAAAAGACCACUUCGAAUCGAUACGAGGGCAAUUACUCGGUGGGUGAGCUAACCGCAGAGCAGAAAAUGGCCCGGGUCUUUGGAGGCCGGAUCAAGGGAGAGUCACCGCGAUCUUCCAGUCGACUUUCGCGAGGAGAACCUCGAGUAAUUGCGGGGAUUUCGGUUCCAGACCGUCCGCCAGAGCCUGAUAAUUGUUGUAUGAGUGGAUGCAUCAAUUGUGUAUGGGAGCUCUUUCGAGACGAUGUCAAAGAUUGGAACAGUAAAAGAAAAUUGGCGGCAAAGAAGCUCCGCGAGAGAGGUGGCCGAUGGCCCGAGAAUUUCUACCCUCCGGUUCGUCACCUAGCAGACGAGAAUCUUCCGCUAUCCAUGGCAAAGAAUGCCAAGACAGUUCGUGAGAAGACGGAAAAGAAAAACGAAGAAGCCGAGUCGUGGGCCAAUGUACCGGUUAGUAUUCGAGUCUUUGCGGAGUUUGAAAAGAAAAAGAGUCAAAGGCGAAAGAACCAGGCUGAACACAACCAGGGUGAAAACCAAGCACAGUCAGCGUGA